GACAAUCACAGAUCCACACAACUUCCCCUUCUUUCUUUGACAAAAAUCUCCAUUUUCAUCCCCGGUUUAUGGCUUCUCGCUAUGAAGUUGAGGUGACUAUUUCCUCAGCCAAGGACCUCAAGAACGUCAACUGGCGUUACGGCCAAACCAGGCCAUACGCCGUCGUAUGGGUCGACCCUAACAACAAGUGCUCCACCAAGGUUGAUGAAGCGGGCGACAUUUUUCCUUACUGGGAUGAGAGACUUGUCAUCCCUCUGCCUGGGCCCGUCGAUGGAGACUCCAAUCUUUACAUCGAUAUAGUCCAUGGCGGCAACGAAGAAGGGACCAAAAAGUUGAUCGGAUCCGGCCGGCUUAAGCUCAGAGAUGUUCUCGAUGAAGUCGGCGCCGGUGAACGCGUCAAACGUACAUUGACUCUCAAACGACCUUCCGGUAGGCCUCAAGGAAAAGUUGAAGUUAAAGUUACAAUCUUGGAGCCCCGUUAUGCUCCACCUAGUUCGUAUUAUGCACCUCCUUAUGGCACAGGUUCCAGAGACUAUCACGCGCCGCCACCGUACGGUAACCCUAACCCAUAUGCUCCUCCACCUCAACCCUACGAUCCGUACCAUUCAAGUGCUCCGCCACAAAGUGGGUAUUCUUACAAUGCGUACAGCGCACCACCGACCACGGCGUACGCGCAGGGAAGUGGGGGGUAUUAUGGUGGACAAGAGGAGAAGAAGAAGAGUAAGUUUGGUGGAAUGGGGACGGGAUUGGCUGUGGGUGCGGUAGCUGGAGUUCUAGGUGGACUCGCGUUGGCUGAGGGCGUUGAUGCGCUGGAAGACCACAUUGCUGAUGAAGCCGCUGAAAAAGUCGAAGAUGAUCUUGCUUACAACGACGAUGACGACUACUAGGCUGGCCUUCUUGGCUUUCCUAAAAGCCUUUCGCCAUGGUUAAUGUUGUCUGUUUCUUGUUAUUUUAUAAUUAAAGAGUGUCGUCCUGGUUUCGUAUGCUUAUGGAAAAUGCUGCAAUUUCCAAUUUCCAA